UCCAGAUGCGCCAAACUCGCAAAGCAUCCUAGUAUCUUCCUCUCUCUCCUUCUCGUCGAUUCAAGAUGGGCCGAGUAAGGACCAAGACUGUAAAAAAGGCCGCAAGGGUUAUCAUUGAGAAAUAUUAUCCACGUCUGACUCUUGAUUUCCACACCAACAAGCGCGUUUGUGAUGACAUUGCGAUAAUUCCAAGCAAGAAGCUUAAGAACAAAAUUGCUGGAUUUGUUACCCAUCUCAUGAAGCGUAUUCAGAAGGGUCCUGUUCGUGGUAUUUCUAUCAAACUGCAAGAGGAAGAACGUGAACGAAGGGACAAUUAUGUUCCUGAGGUGUCUGCUAUUGAGCAAGAUAUCAUUGAAGUUGACCCAGAUACCAAAGAAAUGUUAAAAGUAUUGGACUUUGGCAACAUUUCUAAUCUCCAAGUCACUCAGCCACUCAAUGCUACACAGAGUUUCCGUCCUGGUGGAGGCAGCGGUGGCAUGAGAUCCUAAAGGGCCAAAUUUUGCGCAGAAAAAUAAUAAACAUGUACAAAUAGUA